GACUAGAGUCGAGACGACACCAUUAACUGACAACUCUGCUCGGGAAGGGGAAGAAGAAGGAGAAGGAGAAGGAGGAGAAGGAGAGGCUGAAGGGAGGAAGAAUGGAGUCGUGGGUGUCAGUUCCGAAGGUGGAGUUGCAUGCCCACCUCAACGGAUCCAUCAGAGAUUCUACCCUUCUGGAGCUCGCCAGAACCUUGGGUGAAAAGGGCACCAUCGUUUUCUCGGAAGUGGAGCAUGUUAUCCGAAAGAAUGACCGUUCCUUGAAGGAAGUGUUCAAAUUGUUUGACCUGAUCCACAUUCUCACGACGGAUCACUCCACCCUGACGAGAAUUACCAAAGAAGUUGUCGAAGAUUUUGCUUCUGAGAAUGUCAUCUAUUUAGAGUUGAGGACAACUCCUAAGAAAAACGACUCUAUCGAGAUGACCAAGCGCUCAUACAUGGAUGCAGUGAUUAAAGGCUUACGUGCAAUUACUGCUGUUGACGUUGAUUUUGGUUGUCAUGAUAUGGAAUCCAAGGGCUCCACGAAUUUGCAGCCAAUUAAUGAUGUUAACAAUUUGUCUCCUAGAAAGAAGAUUUAUGUUAGGCUUCUUCUCAGUAUUGACCGCCGUGAAAGUACUGCUUCUGCAAUGGAAACUGUUAAACUUGCAUUAGAAAUGCAGGAAUUAGGGGUUGUUGGUAUCGACCUUUCUGGAAAUCCUGUCAUAGGGGAGUGGGUCACAUUCUUGCCAGCUUUAGUAUUUGCCAGGGAGCAAGGCUUCAGGAUCACUCUUCAUUGUGGGGAGGUACUGAAUCCCAAAGAGGUCCACGCAAUGCUGGACUUUCAUCCCGAGAGGAUGGGACAUGUUUGUUUCUUCAAUGAGGAGCACUGGAAAAGGUUGAAGACUUAUAAAAUUCCUGUGGAGAUAUGCUUGACUUCCAACAUCAUGACAGAAACAAUUUCAUCUGUUGAUGUUCAUCAUUUCGCUGAUUUAUAUAAAGAAAAACACCCGCUGGUGCUCUGCACUGAUGACUCAGGGGUGUUCUCGACUAGCCUCUCAAAAGAGUAUAGUCUUGCGGCUUCUUCAUUUGGUAUCGGGAAGGAGGAAAUGCUCCGUUUAGCAAAGAGCGCUGUCGAGUUCAUAUUUUCUGGUGAGGAAGUGAAGCGGGAGCUGAGAGAGAUCUUCGAUUCCACCAUGAAAGAGCUUCGGCUAUAAUUCUUGCCACUUGCUAUUUGGAUUAGGCUUCAUGUUAUUUGGGACUUAUUGUUGCCAAUGUCUUAAUACGAUAAAUGGAAUUAACAGCAUUGGGUUUAUAUGUAUGGUAUGGAUCUCUCAUUGGUUUGGUUCUAUGGCUCUUUUGGCA